AUGACGACAACAACAACAACAACAGAUCUAGGAUAUCAUUUCUCGUCACGUAUAACUGACGAGACUAAUAAUUCAUUUAUGUUGAAUCAAAGUCUUGACCGAAUGGACGUUGAUGAUCAUACUCAGGAUUUAAUCACAGCAAGUUCAACAACCGUCAAUGAAAAUGGUGCUAGUUAUUACAUAACUAAAAGAGAUGUUUUUCAUCAAGGAAAUCCAGUUUUGAAUAAAUCAUUCGAUGUUUUGCCACAAGUGAAAGACGAGAAAACGUCCGCGGACGAACAAACGAAAAGUAAUAACAUGCUUGACACAACGGUGGAAUUACCAAACAACACGGAGGUUUUAGAUGAAAAACCAACUCAUGAUUUGAAUAUUCUCAAACCUGUGAAUAACAUCGAAGCAUCAUCGAACAUUCCAGCACUUCUGCCCAAUCAAUUCUCUCUUGAAUACCCUUACGAAAUAUCACCACGUACGGAAAAUAUUCAACCAUCUUCGCCCGGCUCCGCGGAUACACUUGCGAGCUUGGCUAAGAAUAUGAAAUUAAAUGGUGCUUCAGAUUCGUUAACACCGACAUUAGCCAACGACAAAGCUUUUGACACGAAUACAUUCGUUCUGAAGAAGAAAGGACAAAAAAUGACAACACCAACGAAUGAAAACAGUUUCACUUCCACUACGGAACAUUCACCAAUUGAUCUUAUCAACAAACAAUCACCAUCGUUUACCACACCAUCGACAUCAAUCGAUGCGUCUCGAUCUACACCAGCACCAUCCAUCACCCAACAAUCUCCUCCCAUUGAUCCAACGCGAAUCAUUGAAUGCGUUGAACAAUAUUAUCGAAUCCUUCAUCGUGUUUGUGAAUGUACAGAAGAGUUAAAACAAGAAUUGCGACAUGUGAAAAGCGAACGUGAUCAAAUGAGUGAAGAUCUUAUCAAUGCUGAGAAUGCGUUCAACGAUGUGAAGAAACGAAAUGAAAAGCUGAAAAUGAUUGUUAACGAGCACAAGACAAAUACGGAAACAUUGAAACGUUUUUCGGAAGAGUCAGUACGAUACACCGAAGAGCAAAAGCAAAAGUAUGCCGUACUUAAACAACAUGCACAAGAGAAACUGAAUGAAGCCAAUAGCGAAAUUGAACGUUUACGACGUUUGCAAAGUUCAGAAAUGGAAGGCGUUCAAGCACAGCUACGCUACGCACAAUUACGUGUACAAUCACUUGAACAAGAACUCAAGUCUGCCAAACAGGAAUUAGAACAAAAAAAAAAAGAAAACAUCGAAUUGACCAAUAUCUGUGAUGAAUUGUUGACGACCAGCAAACGCUAA